UUGUAUCCCUAAAUAUAAUUGUUUACAGUCCUCGUAUUUUGGGAAUGUAAAGGUACGUCACGCCGUGUUGCAUUUUGGGAGGUGGUCACCAUCUCGUGAGGAACGCGCUCUGUUCUGCUACCUGUGCCUGCUACGUUAGUUACCUGCUUACCUUAUGUUUUGUUUGGCUAAAAAGUUGGUCAAGUCGAUCAAAUCGGGAGAAGGGAAGAGAGAAAGAAAAGGCACCCUCCGGGUGAAACUGAAUUGCAAUGCCAAGCAACGGCAUUUGGACAAACUAAGCACGAUAAACACCAUAGAUCCAUAUGACUUGGCAGCCCAAGAUGCACCACUCACAUUGUAAACUAUCUCGUUUUUGGAUGAGAAAAAACAGUGAGCAGGUGACAGUUUUGCGGGCAGGAGAGCAAGGAUAGUGCUCUCGGGGAGAACAGUCAUGUGCUCCUUCGGAUUCUGCACGCAUAAAGCAUGGUUUUCUCCUCACAGGCAACAAUAUUGCUCGCACGAUCGGAGAUAUUCUGUCAUACGUGGCCUUUUACUGGAUGAUGUUUUGAACCCAGACAACCUUUUUUAUUCAGUGACAAAAUCAUACUAUCUGAUGUGAAAAACAUCAUGAGAUGUGUCCAUAAGAGACUACCUAACCAAGACAACAAAAAGCUCAAUGCUUUCCUGAAGGAUAAAAUCAGCGAUUUGGAGACAGACAAGAGGGAGCUGGUCGGUGUCUUUGGUAAAACUGGGGCUGGAAAGAGCUCUUUGAUAAAUGCCGUCAUUGGAGAGAAGAAUCUUCUGCCCUCUGGAAGCAUCAGUGCAUGUACCACAGUCAUGAUUAAAGUGGAGACUAACAUGCAGAGCCAAAAGUAUGAGGCAGACAUUGAGUUCAUUCCAAAAGAGGAGUGGAAAGAUGAGUUGUGGUCCUUGUUUAAUUUCCUUGGGGAUAAUGCAGAUCAGGAAGAGGAAGAUGAUGAUUAUCUUGAGACUGCUGAAAAGCUGUCAGCGCUGUAUGGAGAAGAAUGGAAAGAAAUCCCAAACAAAUCCCCUGAAAACCUCAUGGAUAACAAAUAUUUCAGAGAAAUUCCAGAAUUUCACCUUUCCAGGAGGAAGAUUUUGACAUGUGAAUCAGCUAAAGAGCUGUCUGCAAAGAUUGUCAAAUACACAAGAAGUGACUCAGAACACGGAGACGGUAAAGAUGUAAAGAGGUGGUAUUGGCCACUAGUGAAGUGUGUGACUGUCAGGGUGCCUAGGAAUGACCUUCUCCAGCAUGUCACACUUGUGGAUCUUCCUGGAAAUGGGGACCGUAACAAGAGCAGAGAUAAAAUGUGGAAAGGGGUUGUUGGAAGUUGUUCUACUGUGUGGAUUGUGACUGACAUUAAUCGAGCAGCAGCAGAGAAAGAACCCUGGGAGAUCCUGGAAAGUACCAGUAGCCUCAUGGGAAAUGGUGGCCAGUGUCAGCAGAUUCACUUUAUCUGCACCAAGUCUGAUUAUAUUGCAGAUUCGGCUUUUCAUUCAGCAGCUGGCGUUCGUGCUCUCAUAUUCAAAAGAAACAUGCAAGCCAAGGAAGCAGUGAGCAAAGAAUACAGGAAACUUAACAAAGUUAAGAAACAUUUCAGUGAUGACUGCUUCAAAGUGUUCACAGUGAGCUCCGAAGAGUUCCUACAGACAGAACGUCUAAACCCAGAUGAAACUGAAAUACCCAAACUUCAGGGGUUUCUGCAAAAUCUCAAUGACUGUCACUCAGAGACAUUAAACUAUGUGUCUGGAGCUUAUGGGAUUCUCUCUCUGAUUCAAGGGGCCAGCUGUAGAGAAGUGGCUGACCAAAAAACAGAUGUGUGCACAGAGCUUGAAGAAAAGAUGAGGCAUGAACUUGAUAGAGUCAGAAAACCCAUGGAAGAGGCUCAUGAGGCUUUUGAAAAAUGCCUUAACAAGGGGGUUGAAAAAUCUAAAAGUUCAUGUGAACGAGUCUUGAAGUCCGUCUUACAUCCUACAUGGGUAAAAGGGGGCGGUUUUCACAAGAUAUUGAAGUGUAUCGUUGCGAACAAUGGCACCCACAAACCAAAAAGCCGGAAACAAAUAAACCUCAAUGUGAAGUUAGCUUCAUGCCUGACUGACAGCAUUGAUGAGGAAUUCAAGAAGACCUUCCCAAAUGAAGGAAAAUGUGGACCAUUCAACGGGGUCAUCAACACGUUUUCACUUGACACAACAAGGCUGAUUCAGAAGUACAAAGAUGUCGAACUGCAGCUGAUAUUUCUCAAGACAGAGGAAAAAAAAAUGAAGACAAAACUCAACAAAAUCAUCCGGGAGCGUAAGAAAACAAUCUACAGCAGUCUGACAACAACAAUCCAGGAAACCAUGCAAGAUUGCUAUAAAAAAGCAGCAGAAAUUAGAGGACAGGACUCGCUGAAAAAUAUGAGGGACACUAUUGAGAAGCAUGUACAUGAUUCAAAGAACACCAUGUUUGAGCAGGCUAAAGAUGUUAUGUUGAACCAGCUGAGAUGCUUGAAGGAGGACAUCCUGAAGAAACUGGAGGAAACAAUGCAGGAAUCAAUCGAACUGUCACUCAAGACAGAUGGUGACUCAAUCCCAGAUGUUACAGGGGAGCUUGAGAUGGUAAAGCAACAUUACAAUGAACUGAGAGGAAGCGCAGAUGAGGAAACACUAAUUUGCGCUGAUCCACCCGGCCCAGUAGCUGCACCGUGACGUGUGCAGGUUUGCUGGGUGGAGAGAAACAGCAGAGGCCUGAUUACCCACUGAAGGUCCCUGCGGCCACGCUGAUUAGAGACGUGAGGCCUCUGGAUUUGGUCUCAACCAUUUUUAUCAAGUUGUUAUCCCUGUUUUCUUUGAGUGUUGUUUUGAUUUAUACUUUGAGUUUGCUUCUUGUGAAUUACAUGCAGAGAGAUUUUAGCUGUUUUUGGGGGGGGUAUUUUUGCCUUUAAUUAAUUGUAGAUCAGAGGCAGACAGAAACUGUGGGGAGGGGGGGGGGUUGACGAGCAGCAAAGGUCCACAGUUGGAUUCAAACCAGGGGCGUUGUGGUUUUACUUUUAGUUUUUAAUGAUAUUACAGUGUUUUUCUUGUUCUUGGGUAUAUUUUCAUGUUUUUGUUGAUUGGGAUGGGCGCGCUGACAUUUCAGUGAUUUUAUGGAUGUCUACAUUAAACCUUGAAUCUCGAUUACAGUACAUACUGUAGACUGGAUUUGACAUAAACUUUAGGCUUUUCAAAGAAUGAUCUUAAUCUUUUUUCUUUCUUGUUCAAGGACAAAACUGUUGCUUGCUUAAAACAUCAUCUAGUUAUAUUGAUAGAACUAGAUGAUGUUUUAAGCAAGCAACAGUUACCAGCAAGUUAUAAAUGUGUACACACGAUAAGAACAAUUUCAGCACACAAACAGCUUUACUGAAAAAAACUAUGAAACUAAAGCUUCUUGGUAGCUCCUCCAGGAAUUUGUGAUUGCAACACUUAAAUGUAAUGCUUGCAAAUGUUUGUCAUAAGCACUGAUUUCUACACUGAAUAAUCCAAGUCAGAGCCACGUGUUAUGUGCACUGGUCAAAAAGUAAAUCCUCAAUAAGCUUUUUACAGAAACAUAAUGGUCUGAUACUUGAAUGAAGUUGUCUUCUGUGGCAGCACUGUCAGGCUGUGUAUUCGUCUCAACAUGUUCCAAAACCAUUUCUAACUUCAUAUGAACCACAUCUAACUGUUUAUCCAUGCCUUUGUCAUAUUGCUAUGGUCUUUCUGUUGUAGCAGCCGAUAAACUCAUUAAACCAUGUGAUCUCUGUCAGUGCAAGGAGGGGACAGUUAUUAUAAGUUAUUAUUAUAAUAUUCAAGUGAUUAUAAUAAAAGUGAUUGUUCAUUAAUACUUAA